UCUGGAAAACCCCAUCCAGUGUGUUAUAAAGCCAAACAGCUUUGCAACAAGCCAGGGAAGGAGAGAGUAUCAAGAGCUGUCAGAGCAGAAGAGAUCAUCGGUCAACUGAGAUCAUUUAAGACCAAAAAUGAAAAAGUUUCAAGAAACAUUUAAAAAGCUAAAAAGAAUGGACAGCACCAGACCUUUAAUGGAGAACAAUAAAGACCUUCAGGGUGGUCAUGAAUUUGAGAGACACAGAGGGCCUAACAUGUCUAUCAACGGACAGAGCUCACGGGAGCUUCUUCCACUGUGUUCUGGUGAAGCUUCAGAUGAUGAGCACGAUUCCUCUGAUCGCUCUGAGCCUAAUUCAGUGCAGAGUAAUGAUCACAGCACACAGACAUCAGAGCCCCUAACCUUCCCAGACCCUCCUGCAGAUCUUGACCGACAUCUAGAUCAGCAUCUGAAAACCAUAGAAGAAAUAGUAGAAAAUGAGCUUAAGAAGCUCAGUCAUUCAAUGUCUGAAGAGGAUCGUACCCGCCUUAAAAAACACUUCCACUGUGAGACAUGUACUCACCUAAAUAAUCUGCUCCAGAACAUCAGCACCUCCAAAAACUGCUCACUCCUGAUGACCUGGGUCUUACAGAGGAAGAAUCUACUUGAUAAUCCUGAUCUUGAACUGCUGGAUGAUUGGGAAACAAAAACACAGACCAAACUGCUGAAAAGAGUACAGGAGGAAGUCAGCGAUUCCCUGGAGAAAAUCCUGAAAGUUGACCAAAGCCAGACAUGUCACAAUGAUGAAACCUAUGUUCAACUUUACGUGGACCUUAUUCAGUGUAUCGAUGCCAUGCCCAAAUUAGCACAAAGCGCAACGCUGUUUUAUCGGGUGCAAGAGGUUUGCUUUCAAGAGCUGCUAAAUUUUGUGAAAAGGUACACUUCUGAGCAGGCUGAGAUACUCGAUAAAAAAACUCAGACUUGGAGGGAAAUGAUGGACAAACCAGAAAUGAUACACUUCCUUAAGACUUUGAGAACAUGUAAAGAACUAAGACAGCACAUCCAGACUAAUGGAAAUGCUAUCAAACCAGUCCUUCUCAAAGAAAUUAAGGGAACACUUGAAAACAUGGAGGCUAAAACUUUGCAACUUCUAAAGAAAGUUGUAACUGAACUUGCUGAGACCUCCCUUAAGGAUUACUUCAAAUUGACCAGCGGUGUCUGUGCGUUCUUCCCUCUACACAAAUCCUGUAAAAGGGAGUGUGACUUGUUUGCUGCCUUGAAGACCUAUUUUCCCAAGCUUUCUUAUGCUUCAGAUGAACAAAGGAUUGUGAUGGAUGAAGUUUAUAAGGUCGUUGCUCACUCUUACCUCAAACAUCUCAUCCAACAAAGUAAGCGCAAACUGAAAAAGCACUGGAGUCCUGAUGUGGGCCAAGCAGUCUGGGAUGAUGCCGAUCAGCUUCACACCACCAUCUCAGACCUGGCUCCUGGUGUCCAGCAGUGGAACGGCAUGCUACAGAAGAUUCAAGAGGUGUUAGACUGCAAAAGCAUCGACACACUCAAGCUCAUCAUUGCUGGCAUACAGAAAGACUUUGAAAAACAGAGUGAGGACCUGAAGCUCCUUCCUAAUCUGGUGCAGUGGAAGGGUCUUUCGAAACGUGAGGUCAGAGAGGUUCUGGAAGCUUUACCUGAUAGUCCACCCAUGCCCAGCUCCGGAUCCUUGUUUUCAUGUUGUUGUGGCUGAACUGGAAUUAACUGCACAAAUGUGACUUUUUUGGGAUUCUUAAAUAUGUCGUUAAAACUCAGUCUGAAAAUGCUUUUCAAUGUUUGAUUCCUUCAACUUAAUCAUAAUUAAUUUGUUGAAGUUAGGUUUUCUUGUUUUGUGCUCUUCUUCACAUGUUCUGCUAUAGAAUGUAGAAAAGACUUUUUUAUGUCAGUAUUUCACUGUUAAAUAGGCCUAGAUUCUUCAGGUGUCACAUUUUGUUCGGUGAUAUGUCACAUUAAAUGAGGUACCUAAGAUAUUCUAGAGUGUUCAGAAUGGUUCAACAGUAACAAAGAAAACUCUUUUACAUACAGAUCAUAUCAUAUGUUUUUAAAAAGUGCUCUCUGUAUUGUACAAAGAAUGAAAAAAAACAAACAAAAAAAACAAAAAAAGCUGUUUUAGAUCAAUUUUAUUCCUAAUAUUUUUAUUUUAUUAUAAUUGUAAAAUUGUAUUUAUUAAAGAUUAAAUCUUUUGCCUGUAAUUUAUGAUGCUCAAUACUUCAAUUUGCUCAAUUUUCUGAAUUUAUCUGUGAGGACUCUAUUUAAACUCCUGAUUCUGGUAAUGCUUUAAACAUUUUAACAUAUUAAUCAAAUUUACACUAAACAAGGGAAAUAAUAAAUCCACCGUAUUUUCUUUGCUAAAUGAAUAAAUGCAACACUACUAAAUGUU